AGCCCAUACAAGCAGAACAUAGCCCAUUCAUUGGCCUUUGUCAUUGUGACUGCUUCUACUCGCAGGCUUGGACGACCUUCGGGCGCAUCAAUAAUCAGCCAUCAUGCGUAUCCAACGUAUUCCACCGCUUCGUGAAUUCUUCCCGACAAGAUGGCGGAAUCACAACAUGAUGUACAUAUUCAUGACCGUCGAGUUGCCGCUGACGGUCAUCAUUCUCACGCUUACCGGUAUCGCCUCUCAUAACCUGUACCGGACUAAGUUAUGGCAAGAUGGUGCAGACAAUGGGUUCAACAGUUCGCCAACCGACAGACUUUACGCUGCGGCCAACCAUCAACCCUACACGACCCCCAUUGUCUGGAGUUCAUUCAUUACGGAGUACAACCUCGUCCUGGGUAUUCUGAGCGUCUUCAUGUGGAUUACCAAAAUUCCUGUCCAUAUCCUUCAUAUGCUCACACCACCCUUGUCUGCCUUUAUCCAUGCUGGCAUGAUCGCCGUGUGGUGCUAUUCCGCUCGUUAUCAGGCCGGCCCCGAUAUGUCGGACCCUGAGCAUCCUCAGCCGGGGGCACCAUGGUACAUCGCGAAAAAGUGCUCAGUGGCCGCGCACAAAGAAGACAUCCAUUAUUGUGAGCAGGCCAAGGCAUUGUUUGUGUUCUCAAUCAUAAUCAUCUUCUACUAUUUCGCUGUGCUCUGCCUCAGCCUGCGGAACUGCAUCAUGACGAAGGAAGAGCGGGAAGAACAGGCCGAGCGCGACGAGGAGCGGAAGACCAUGAAAGAGUUUGAGGAGUUUGUUCUCCAGUCCCCUGGCCUUCCCAGGACUGCAUCCUUGAGACAACCCGGCCCCAUGCCCGGCAAGGCACCAUUCCACCACAUGAUCCCCCGAAGCAACGAUGCAUCGUCAUCGGACCUCCCACUUCGCCAACACUUCAGUUCGCCCAAUCCCCGUCGCUCAAUGCACCAAGAGUCGGCCGAGACCCUUUCCGGCCACCGAGCACAGUCCCAAACAUCCUUUGUGCAGACGUCUGCCGUCUGAUCGUCUGAACCGCGAAUCAUCCACAAGGACUAAAACCGCUACUCAAUGCAAGGCUCAGUGCACGUGUCGGGGUCCGCGUGGUCUUUCGUCCUCUUACCCCUCAAGAGGAUCUGCGUUAAGCCUAAUGUGUCGGCCCGCAUUGACUAAAGUAUCGCUAAGCGAUCGAAUCCAUCGUGGUCACCGUCACACACAUUAGCUCUCCACUUUCGCCAUAUUCCCCCCAUCUUUGCUUUCUAUACCAUCUUGCGCGCUCGUAUCACCAGGGGUUCAUUGUAGUUAAUGAUGUUGCAGUCCGUGUCUAGUGUAGUGAUUAGGCAUAUAAGUCAUGAGAUCAG